AUGUCUACCGAGAAAGUUCGCGACCCCUCCCACGCCGAGCGCGGCCUGCCUCCCUCAAAGUUUCGCAAAUCCGACUUUUUCAACUAUCAUCCACCCUUCUCCGUCCUCCUACUCGAAUUCCUCGUUUGGCUCUUUCUCUUCUUUGUUUGCUUUUUGGAGCCGAAUGGAGGGCUGGCGGCGGUGAUCAGGAGUGACGAUGAGUAUAUUGGGCUGUUGAAGAAAUGCAGUGCAUCAAGCUGUGAUGGUUGGAUGCAAGGCGCCACCUCCUCCUCAUCAGAUUCCUCCUCCUCUUCCUCCGAUGCAUUAAGAAGAUCACUCACACCCCGCGCCAUCGAUUCUUCCAUCGACCUCGCCAACUUUUACCUGACCACCGGUCUCGCAGCCCUCUGCUCCUUCUGGCUCAUGACGUACACCUUCCUCUUCACAUUUUACCGCUUCUCCACUUCUCCUCCCCCACCACCCCCUACCCAAGGCGAGGAAGGACAAGAAGAACCAAAGACAAGGUGGGGCAGGAUGAAAAGAGGUUGGAAGAGGUUUGUGUUUAGGGUGAGCCGGCUGUAUGUAUUCUUCUUGGGGUGGAUUGUGUUGGGUGUAGCUUGUGCGGCGAGUUGGCAGGUGCAGAAAGCUAGUGGUGAUGGAGGGAGCGUGGGUUUGGCACUCAUCUUCUUGCAUGCCUCAUGGAUCCUUCUCUUCAUCUGCGCCUUUCUUGAGAUAUCUCGAGGAAGUCUCCGGCGCAGGGCAGACCUCGGCUGGCUCGGGUGUCUCUGCCUACCAUUUUUCAGCCGGUGCAAGACACGAGCGACGAAGAAGUGGGAGAGAGCCGAGGGCGGUGAGGCGGAUGAUGAUGCGCAGGAGGGGCGUACAAAGAAAAGAAAGGAAGAUAGAGAGGGAAGGUCACGGAGUCGGACAAGAACGGGGAGGAAGAGGAGGGAAAGGGAUGUCUGA